GCGGCGGCGGCAGCAGCGGCAGCGGCAGGGGCUGGUCCCUGCCUAAUCCCCAGUUGCUGUCAAGCACGCAUUGGGUGCCGUUUUCGCUGCAGCUGUCGUCGCCGUCUCCUCUUCCCCCACGAUGGCGGGGAUCGACAAGCUACCCAUUGAGGAGACGCUGGAGGACAGCCCGCAGACAAGGUCCUUGCUGGGUGUAUUUGAAGAAGAUGCUGCUGCCAUUUCCAACUACAUGAACCAGUUAUAUCAAGCCAUGCACCGAAUUUAUGAUGCUCAGAAUGAAUUAAGUGCAGCAACACAUCUGACUUCAAAACUUCUGAAAGAAUAUGAGAAACAGCGUUUUCCACUAGGGGGAGAUGAUGAAGUUAUGAACUCUACUCUGCAGCAGUUUGCAAAAGUAAUUGAUGAGCUCAGCUCUUGUCAUGCAGUACUUUCAACUCAACUUGCUGACGCUAUGAUGUUCCCCAUAUCCCAGUUUAAAGAACGGGAUCUAAAAGAAAUAUUAACUUUAAAAGAAGUGUUCCAGAUGGCUAGUCAGGAUCAUGACACCGCAAUUAAUAGAUACAGCCGCCUCUCUAAAAAAAGAGAAAAUGAAAAGGUAAAGCAUGAAGUUAUAGAAGAUGUGUAUACCUCCAGAAAAAAACAGCACCAGACCAUGAUGCAUUACUUCUGUGCAUUAAAUACUCUUCAGUACAAGAAAAAAAUAGCUAUAUUAGAACCUUUGCUUGGAUAUAUGCAGGCUCAGAUAAGCUUCUUUAAAAUCGGUUCAGAAAAUCUCAGUGAGCAGCUUGAAGAGUUUCUAACAAAUAUUGGAACAAGUGUACAAAAUGUUCGAAGAGAAAUGGGCUGUGAAGUAGAGACUAUGCAACAGACAAUAGAGGAUUUGGAAGUAGCCAGUGACCCAUUAUACAUGCCCGACCCUGACAUCACAAAAUUUCCUGUCCAUCGGAACUUAACCCGAAAGGCUGGUUAUCUCAAUACUAGAAAUAAGACCGGCUUGGUAUCAUCUACCUGGGAUAGGCAGUUUUACUUUACUCAAGGUGGAAAUCUGAUGAGUCAGGCCCGAGGUGAUGUAGCAGGAGGACUUGCCAUGGAUAUAGACAACUGUUCAGUAAUGGCUGUGGACUGUGAAGACAGGCGAUACUGUUUUCAGAUCACUUCUUUUGAUGGAAAGAAGUCUUCAAUUUUACAAGCAGAGAGUAAAAAAGACUAUGAAGAGUGGAUUUGUACAAUAAACAAUAUCUCCAAGCAGAUAUAUUUAACUGAAAAUCCGGAGGAAAUUGCUGCAAGAGUCAACCAGUCGGCUCUGGAGGCCGUCACCCCCUCUCCCUCCUUCCAACAGAGGCAUGAGAACUUGAGAUCGACAGUACAAAACCAACCACCCACAGCUCGCACUGGUAGUUCAGGAUCUCUGGGCUCGGAGUCAGCAAUUUUGACUGCCCUCUCUUUGGAUUCUCUUGUUGCUCCUGAUACUCCUAUCCAAUUUGACAUAAUUUCUCCAGUUAGUGAAGACAUACCUGACCAGGGCAAAACUUCUGGACACUCAGGCAGACGUACAAAUCCAUUUGGAGAAACUGGAAAAGGCCCCAAAUCCAAAACUGAAGAUUCCAUUCUUCAUCAGUUAUUUAUUGUCAGAUUUCUUGGCUCUAUGGAGGUAAAAUCAGAUGAAAAUCCAGACGUUGUCUAUGAAACAAUGCGCCAAAUCUUAGCAGCCCGGGCUAUCCAUAACAUCUUCCGAAUGACAGAAUCACAUUUAUUAGUAACUUGUGACUGUUUAAAGUUAAUAGAUCCACAGACUCAGGUCACAAGGCUCAGAUUUUCAUUAUCCAGCAUAGUCUUGUGUGCUACACACCAGGAAAAUAAACGUCUUUUAGGAUUUGUGCUUCGGACUUCAGGAGGAAGAAUAGAAAACCAUCCUACUUUGAUCUGUUACAUAUUUGAGUCCAACAAUGAAGGGGAAAAGAUUUGUGACUCUGUUGGACUGGCUAAACAGAUAGCUUUGCAUGCGGAAUUGGACCGUAGAGCAUCAGAGAAACAAAAGGAAAUAGACAGAGUAAAAGAGAAACAAGAGAGAGAACUUAAUAAACAGAAACAAAUUGAAAAGGACUUAGAGGAACAAAGUCGCUUGAUAGCUGCUUCCAGUAGAACAAACCAGCCCAGUGGUGAGGGACAAUUUAUGGUUCUUAGUAGUAGCCAAUCAGAAGACAGUGAUUUGGGAGAAGAUGGGAAGAAGAGAGAGUCGGAAGCAUGAAGUUGUACAUUGUUUCUUUAAGUUGGACUCUACUAAGACAAUAUCUGUGGUGAAAUGGCACAAGUUAACCCAUAAUGCAAAAAUCAAGGUGGAGGCUUGGCUUCAUUUUCUAGAAGACUGAACUUGUUGACCCAGUUAUGCUUGUUUUUUUCUUUAACAGGUAUAUACUUUGCAGUUACUGUAAUAACAAGUACACUUGCCCCCAAAAAAAUGUAUUGUUCUUGGAGUAGGUGAUUGCUGGCUUUUAUUUAGUUACAGUUUUUGUGUGUGUCCACGCAGCCAGCUUUGUACACAUCAUUUAUCCAUUGACUUCAACUGUACCCAGAAAUACCUGUCUCUCGGUUCUUGUACUCAGAGCAUUUUGCUGGGAACAAAGUUUGCUUUGACCUGAAGUGGUUCAAAAGCUUUUUCUUUGGUCUGAAAGGGAAAAUCACUAUGAGAUGCACUGAAAUAUUAACUUUGACAGAAGAAAAUGUGCAAUAUAACUUUAUGGGAGAUUUACUGUUUCUGAUUGUGCUAUCUAGUUGAAGAUAAUUUCAGGGCACUUUUGGGUUUAGUUGAUGUUACUCCAUCGGUUGAUUUGUAUCCUAGAUCAAUGGGAUAAACUUCUGCGUGUCAAAGUGGACACAACUGUUGUUGGCAUGAGAGUGUCACAUUUUAGAUUCUCAGGUUGGGAUGUGCAUUUUUGCUCCAAUGCAGCAACAGUUUAAACAAGGACUUUAAUUUGUUACAGAGUGUACCCAUUUUGUUCAAAGGUUCAAAUAUACCCCCAUGUGGAAAUGUUGGUUCAUUCUAAUUUUUUUGUGUUGUGUUAAAACAGAAUGUUAGCAAAAUUAACACUGCAACUAAGAAUCUCCAUUAGUUAUGCUUCCUACCUACACAAAAAGACCUAAAGUGUUUGGAAAGUAGUGUUUACUUGUAGCGGUAUAGACUGACAUUCUUCAUAUAAUUCUUCAUAAUGGAAUAGUUCAUCUAAACUUUUGCUUUGUAUGAUUCUGAAUCACCCAUAAAAUAUCCCUAUUGACAAAAGCUAAUUUAAGAGAAUGUAGUUUUUUGCACUAAUUAUUAUAAAUAGUACUCAUGUGAUGCAAAAAAACCCACGAGCUAUCCUGCAGAAUUGAGAAAAACAGGUAAUAUCUUAUGACAGGAAAGGAGAUAAAAAAAUGGUUUUAGCCUUAGGCCAUAAAUAUAAAUUAUAGUGAUUUCCUAAGGGCCUCUUAAAUGUUACAAGUGUUUUCUUUUUACAUUUCUUAAUAUUUUUGAUGUUUCCUUAACUUAUUUCAUAGUAAAAACUAGAGAAACUAUAAAUGAGCAAAUUCUGUACUUACCAGGAAAAGCUUGUUUUGAAAAAUUGCAAAUUUAAGUUUCUGGUAAACAUGGCAAUUUCCAAUCGGGAAUUUCACGAGAACACAACUGUUCUUAAGAUAUAUUUUCCUCACUUGUAGACUUUAGGGAAAGCUGUUUAGGUUUCAUUUUGGUUUCCACACUUGUGAUUUCUUGGCUUUCUGAAGGGGACUAGAGUAAGAGGAGUUUACGCAGAAACUUCGUUCAAGUCUUUCCUUUAUGUAUGUGCCAAAUGCUCUUUGCCGCCUUGCAUUACUACAAUAAAUUUGGUUUAUAAUGA